CAUCAGACAUCUCAUCUCCUCGCAUCUUCAGCUUCUCUUCCUUCAAUCUAAUCCCAAAAUCAGCACCCAAACUUCAGAUUCUUGCUAUAACACAUCAAAAUGAAGACUUUCACUACCACCACUCUGCUCGCUCUCAUUGCCACGCUCGCUGCCGCCGCACCAGCUCCUCAAGAUUACAAUGGCUUUAGGGCACAAAUCACAUUCAUUGGUGCAGCAGAUGCUCAGUUCACGGAGUCUGUUCUUGCAGAUGGCUCUAAGUUCUAUAUCAAUAAUCCCUUGAGCAUCUCUCACAUCCACUCUGAAGGUGGCGCAACUUGUUCUUUUGACGGAAUCGAUGGGAGUCAUACUGUCGUUGUUGGAAGGCAGACUGUGGAUGUCGGGUCACCUCAGACGCAGAUUUCGGGAUCUUGUUUGGCGCUUUAGAUGGUGACGUGGAAGUGAUGUCGACUGGGUGGCGUGGGUGGCGGGGAAGGAGAGCUGGUUGGAUGAUUUUAGUUCGAUUUUGAGUUUAGAUUUCCCUGCAUUGUAUUGCUUAGUAGAAUUUGGACCCUCAUUUGGCU